AUGGCAAAGAACGCCGCGGCCACCGCCGACGCCGGCGACGAGGUCGUCCACGACUUCUCUCCGCUCCUCCUGGUCCACAGGAGCGGCAGGCUCGAGCGGCCCCUCGCCAUGCCGCCCGUCCCGCCCGGCCACGACGCCGCAACGGGCGUCGUGUCCAAGGACGUGUCGCUCUCGCCCUUCUCGUUCGUGCGUCUCUACCGCCCGCCCGAAACGGGCGCCGGCGCCGGCAAGAAGCUCCCCGUCCUCGUGUACUUCCACGGCGGGGGGUUCGUGAUCGGGUCGGCCGCGUCGGCCGCUUACCACCGCUGCCUCAACGACCUCACCGCGGCCUGCGCCGCCGUCGCGGUCUCCGUCGACUACCGCCUCGCCCCGGAGCACCUGCUCCCCGCGGCGUACGAGGACUCCCUGGCGGCCCUCAAGUGGGUGCUCUCCGCCGCCGACCCGUGGCUCGCCGAGAGAGCCGACCUCUCCCGCAUUUUCCUCGCGGGAGACAGCGCCGGCGGCAACAUCUGCCACCACCUCACCAUGCACCACGACUUCAGGGGCGCCGCAGGAAGGCUCAAGGGGAUCGUCCUGAUCCACCCGUGGUUCUGGGGCAAGGAGCCCAUCGGCGAAGAGCCCCGGCCGGGGCGCGCGGAGGGCGUGGAGCAGAAGGGCCUGUGGGAGUUCGUGUGCCCCGACGCAGUGGACGGCGCGGACGACCCCCGGAUGAACCCGACCGUGGAGGGCGCGCCGGGGCUGGAGAACCUGGCGUGCGAGAAGGUGAUGGUGUGCGUCGCCGAGGGGGACUUCUUGCGUUGGCGCGGCAGGGCGUACGCGGAUGCGGCGGCCCGGGCGAGGGGCCCCGAGCCGGCGGUGGAGCUGUUCGAGUCGGAGGGGGUCGGCCACGUGUUCUACCUGUACGAGCCUGCGACGGAGAAGGCCAGGGAGUUGCUCCAGAGGAUCGUGGCGUUCGUCAGAGCGGAGUGAGCACGCGCGCGCGCCGUGGAGCAAUGCUGAACGGAAACGAUGAAAGAAGAUAAGAUCAAACUAUAGUGUUUGGAGUGAGCCGGCGAGGGAUCCAAAUAUAUUUGCAUGCAUGCACUAAGAGACCGAAUAUACAAUGUCAAAUGUCAUCAGUCCUAAAAAAAUGUCAUCGGGAUUUACAUUUACAAAUUGCAUAAAAGAAAAACGUUUAAUCAUGUAUCUAAUUUAUGACAUGCCUUCACUAUUGGAUUUGUUUGAGGAGGGCUUUGAAAUUUGAUCAUGUACGAACAUAUUGUGAUACAAAAUAAAUAAAUAUGUUCAAAGCUAGUACAACUUAAAAUGAAUGAAG